CUGCUGCGCGCGCGUGCAUGAGGGCUAAGUUAGACACUGCGCAUGCGCAUAAUAUUCAGCCACACGUACACGUACGUAUAUAUAUAUAUAUCCUACCUGAUCUGCGCGCGUGCCGCGGUCUCUGUGAGCGGAGCUAGCUAGCUAGGGCGGCGGAGGGAGCUGCGUGCCUGAAUUUUUACUAGUCGGCAGACAAUGGCAAGCGACAACGACGGUCCGCCGCACGGAAAAACAAAACUAGUAAAGAAGUUUACUCCCAUCGACUUCGGUCCGCUCAACGUCUACGCGGAGUCGCACAUCGGAAACUUUCGCAGCGGGACCUACAUGAUGACUACACCCAAGGAAGACUCCCUCGUACUGUACAGACUCUACGGAGGUACGGCGAAGGAGGUGGGUCACUACUGGACGGUGGAGCCAAGAGAUGGCAACGUGGGAUUCCAACUGGACUAUGCCAUGGUCCCUUCCUGGGGGUCCACACUUGCAAAGGAUACAACGCUGGAAGUCCCAUCGGGGAUCAUGCUGUUUGAGGGCUACGUGGCAUCGCAGAAGGUCCACCCCACGUCUCAGGGGUUUGGUGGAGGUGCCUGGCAGGUCCUUGUGCCCUACCCUGUGGUGGAAGCUCUCCUGAAGGCUCAGCAAGCUAAGGAAGAAGGCAAAUGUGCAGCAGAAGUCAAGGAGCAUGUUCUGGAGGCAAAGAAAGCCCAGGAAGAGAUUCUCGACAAAUAUGAGAAGGAACUAAAGAAAUUUGAUUAGAGAUCGUCUGUGCAUGAAAACUUGGACAAGUAACUUUGAGAUUAUUCUUGCAAUGUCGAUUUUGUUCUUACAUUAUUUUGCUUAUAGUUGUUGAUAUGCUAAACUGUAUGACAU